AUGGCGCCGGCCCAGAGCAAGGGUGGCAAAGGUCCGCAGAACAGCAAGAUGGCCAAGGCCAUGGCUGCAAAGAGCAAGGCCGCCAAGGCUAAGGUUAAGCACGAAAAGCAGGCGACCCCCAAGAGGAAAGCCAAGGCUGCCAAGGUGGAGCUCGGUGAUGCGGGCGAGGAAGACGAUGAUUCAACGGCACCUAGCGGCUUGGGGUAUGCUCGGGGCACAAUUUCAGCUGCUUUGACCGGCUUCGCUAUCAGCUCAAAGCCAAAAAAACUACGGAUGAAGAGAAAAAAAACGCCCAAAAAGUACUCGAAGACCGCCUGCAUCUUGCACUUCCGGUACUUCCGUGAGUACAAGGCGGGAGACAUUGCCACCAAGAGAGAGAUUGAGCAAGGUCUCACAGAGGGCAUCGAUGAAAGCGGCUUGGAGGAAGAUAUGAAGAAGGAUCUGCUGGAAGAGCUGAUGUCCGUGCUCAGCAAGUACUUCUACGUGCACUCGAAAGGCCAGGUGGCCCGCCAGGCCACUGAGACGGAGGAGUCCCUGGGAAGCCAUUGUUCCGGCAUGAAAAACUUGCAGUUGAAGGACAAGAGGAUCCGGCUUUUGCAGCCGAGCCAGAGCCAUACUCUGGCAAAAGAUCUUUUGAAGAAGAUCGUGGCCGAGAAGAGAAAGCUGACCCAAAACAACGAGCAGCUGAAGUCUUUGAAGACCAAGAUUUCCACGAAGUACAGCGGGGACAAAACAUGGGAUAAUCACAAGGCCGAGAGUGUGCCGGCGGAUGUUACUUCCAAUUGCACCGAGCUUGUGGCCACCUUUCACACUGUCGUCGACCAGGCUGCCAACCACGACAAAGGCAGCAAGGCCUUGCUCAAGAAAGUCAAUGGCCUGAUGGAGUGA